ACAUAGGCCAAAUGGAAGUUGAAAAUUUUACCGACUGUCAAGUAUAUUGGAAAGUGUAUCCAGAUCCUUCUCAAAGUAUAUAUGCGAUAGUGCCAUUUCUGACCGUGUACCUUUUUCUCUUUUUUCUUGGACUCUUUGGAAAUGUGACCUUGAUUUACGUAACUUGCAGCCAUAAAGCUUUACUGAGCGUUCAAAACAUAUUCAUUCUGAACCUGGCGGCGAGCGAUUGCAUGAUGUGCAUAUUAUCGCUUCCAAUCACUCCAAUCACAAAUGUGUACAAAAACUGGUACUUUGGAAAUCUACUCUGCCAUUUGAUACCAUGCAUUCAAGGUAUCAGCAUUUUCGUAUGCACAUUCAGUCUCGGUGCGAUUGCUUUGGAUCGGUAUAUCCUUGUAGUAAGACCACAUUCUACACCACUAUCCCAAAGAGGAGCAUUUCUUACUACUGUUCUAUUGUGGAUCCUCUCUUUUGUUGUAACUCUACCCUAUGCGUUCAAUAUGCAAAUGAUUGAAUACACAGAAGAGAGAAUAUGCGGCUACUUUUGCACUGAAAAGUGGGAAUCUGCCAAGUCUAGAAGAGCCUACACAAUGAUCGUGAUGCUCGCCCAAUUCGUGGUCCCAUUCGCUGUCAUGGCCUUCUGCUAUGCAAAUAUUGUUUCGGUGCUCAGCAAGCGUGCUCAGACAAAGAUACGCAAAAUGGUGGAGAGAACAAGCGCGUUGGAGAGCUCUUGCGCAUUCCCGUCGCAUGGUCUUGAACAGUAUGAAAAUGAGUUGAACGAAUUUCUAGACAAACAGGAAAAGGAGAAACAACGAGUUGUACUUCAGAACAGAAGAACAACGUCAAUCCUAGUUACCAUGGUUGUCUGGUUUGGGAUAACUUGGCUGCCACAUAACGUCAUUUCUUUGAUUAUUGAAUAUGAUGACACACAAUCGUUUUUCCGACUUUAUGGCAGAGAUGAUUACGAUAUCAGUUAUUUACUGAACCUUUUCACUCACAGUAUUGCCAUGUCGAACAAUGUUUUAAACCCGGUACUCUAUGCGUGGCUGAACCCAAGUUUCCGUCAACUGGUCAUAAAGACAUAUUUUGGAGACCGGCGUAAAAGUGACAGAAUAAUCAAUCAAACAUCAGUUUACAAAACAAAGAUCGUGCAUGAUACGAAGCACUUGAAUGGAAGAGCCAAAAUUGGCGGUGGUGGUAGCCACGAGGCGUUGAAGGAGAGGGAGCUGAACUCGUGUUCGGAAAAUUUAAGCUAUCAUGUGAACGGUCAUACGAGGACUCCUACACCGGAAGUUCAGUUGAAUGAAGUUUCAAGUCCUGAAAUAAGUAAACUUGUUGCUGAGCCGGAAGAAUUGAUCGAGUUCAGCGUCAACGACACGCUAGUCUGAUUGUUUUCUGACAUAUCCUUUUUUCGUUGAUUUCGCAACUAUCAUCACUUUCAUCCUUGCUGAAAUAGUUUUUAUGAUCUUUUUUUUGAAUAAAUAAUACAUAGGAUGCAUA